UGUCCUUGUUUUCACCCUGCUUCACUCGUGCGGCAAUUCACUCAAUCCAAUAUCCAACUUGAUUCAAACAAGUUUGAAGAAGAAACGCUUCCAUGGUACACGCCGGAUCGCUCUUAUCCUGUGAAAAUCGGCGAAGUUUUCCAAUAUAGGUACCAAGUUAUUGGAAAAAUAGGAUAUGGGGCAUACUCGACGGCGUGGCUUUGCAAGGAUCUCCCAGAAGGCGAAGCCUACGACCUUCUUAACGCGUCUGCUGUAUCGUAUAGUGCAUCCCAUGACGGUGCCAUGUUAGUUCGCACGGUGCUGGAUAGCUUCCAGAUCGCUGCACAAGGACUCUACCAGUGUAUUGUGCACCAGCCUCUAGGCAUAAGUCUAUAUGAGCUCCGAACUCAGUCCGCAGCCAAAGUACUACCAGAGAAAUUAGUGAAAUUGAUUCUGAUGCAUUUCCUACUUGCUCUUGAUUAUCUCCAUACAGAAGUUGGCAUUAUCCACGCCGAAACCAAUGUUAUGAUCGGUAUUGAAGAUCCUUCAAUCUUAGCUAAUUUUGAGGGAGAGAAAUCCAAUCCUAGUUAG